CCGCUGCACCUCCAAUUCUCUCCAGGCUCAUAUUUUUUAUGGAAGGUGAUACUUCAUGUUGAAUAUUCAUUCUUCAGUUAAGAAAAUUUUUUUGAAAGCAUCACCUGACGAUAGAGAGGCUGUAGGGGAGAGAGAAAAAGUAAGAGAAUGUUAACAGAACAGUUUGCAUUGCUGAAAUCUUGACCUCCUUAAAAAAAAAACUGGUAUUGUCUAAAGGAUGUUGCAUGUAGCUAAUACCCCAGAGGACAGGAUCAAGAUUCAAAAUGAACUGAACAGACUAGAAAACUGGGCCAAAGCUAACAAAAUGAAAUUCAACAUGGAGAAAUCUAUCCAAAGUUAAUUUUUGCAUCUGUGAACAAUGGGAGGUGCUGUGAGUGCAGGAGAGGACAAUGAUGAGUUGAUUGACAAUCUAAAAGAGGCUCAGUACAUCCGGACAGAGCUGGUAGAGCAGGCCUUCCGGGCUGUCGAUAGAGCAGACUAUUACCUUGAAGAGUUCAAGGACAAUGCUUACAAAGACUUGGCUUGGAAACAUGGAAACAUUCACCUCUCUGCUCCCUGCAUCUACUCAGAGGUAAUGGAAGCUCUAGAUCUGCAGCCGGGGCUUUCCUUCUUGAACCUGGGAAGUGGCACAGGCUAUCUGAGUUCCAUGGUUGGGCUUAUCUUAGGUCCGUUUGGUGUUAAUCAUGGUGUGGAGCUUCACUCCGAUGUUAUAGAAUAUGCAAAGCAGAAACUGGACUUCUUCAUCAGAACAAGUGACAGCUUUGACAAGUUUGAAUUCUGUGAGCCAUCCUUCGUCACUGGCAAUUGCUUGGAGAUUUCCCCAGAUUGCUCUCAAUAUGACCGUGUGUACUGCGGUGCUGGGGUCCAGAGAGAGCAUGAAGAUUAUAUGAAGAACUUGCUGAAAAUUGGUGGAAUUCUCGUCAUGCCACUGGAGGAAAAGCUGACUAAGAUAACUCGAACUGGCCCUUCAGCUUGGGAGACUAAGAAGAUCUUGGCUGUUUCCUUUGCUCCUCUGAUCCAGCCCAACCAUGCAGAUUCAGGAAAGUCAAAACUUGUUCACUUGCCCCCUGUGAUGGUUCGCAGCCUUCAAGACCUUGCCCGCAUCACCAUCCGCAGCACCAUAAAAAAGCUGAUCCAUCAGGAAAUGGCAGGCAGAAAUGGGAACAGCCUCAGGAACCCACCCCGGUUUAAGAGGCGCCGUGUCCGGCGCCGUCGCAUGGAAACCAUUGUCUUCUUGGACAAAGAGGUCUUUGCUAGCCGGAUUUCAAACCCCUCUGAUGAUAACAAUUGUGAGGAAUUGGAGGAGGAGAGCAGGGAAGAGGUGGAAAAAAACAUCCCUGAACUGAAGCCCGAGCCUCCUGUAAACCUGCUGAGGGAAAAGGUCUUGAGCCUGCCCCUGCCUGACCCUCUGAAAUAUUACCUGCUUUAUUAUAGAGAGAAAUAAGGUAUUUGUCAGCAUAAAGCAAGAAGGGUAGGCAGGACAAUAAAACACCUAGUAGGGCUUGAGAGCUGUAUGCCACUUGCUUGCCUAUUGAUGUGACCACACGUGGUGGUUGUGGUGAGCUCGUCUGGGGAGGUGGCUGCCGUGUACCUAAAAAAACGUGAUAGCAUUUUUCAGAUUCCUUCCCUUGGUUUGUGUGCUCCAGUUUUGUCCUACAGCAGAACUUCCUGGUGGGAGGGGUUGGGGUGGGGCCAGGCUGGCAGCAAAACCUUCAACUCCUUAUUGAAAUGAAUGUUUCAUUGAUUAAAAGGGGAAAAAACCCAAAAAACCUUUGUUGAGGUAUCUGUGGAUCCCCCCCUUUUUUUUUGCCAAGUGACACUUCCAGAAAGUAUUCAGGAAUAAAUAAUUUCACCUGAAAUGUGGAAAGCGGUAAGAUUAUUUUAUCUAUUUCAGUGAGUCCAUGUGCUUUUAAAAAUCCCAGAGAAAAGUUCAGUGUCUCGACAAAAGAGUAUAGGAUCACUAAGCCCAGUUAAAGCUCUUUUUUGUCUCUUAUGGAAUGAGUUUAGGCUGGUCCAUUCUUUGCAAGGAAGGAUUCUAAUCCCAGAGAAUCAGGGAGGUAUCCCAAAGAGACUAAUCAGGAUAUCUGUUUGAUCUGAGUUGGAGAAAGAUGCUGUAUGAGGUUCCAACAAAAAGAAAUCUAAACACAGGGUGUUAUACUGCAAAACUCUAUUUUUGCUUUCGAGUUGGUCACCUAAAAACUUGCUUGGGCCCAUCCAGUUUUGGUAACAUUCUCUAAAUGUGAAAUGGCCAGGAAGAGCAGCAUAAGGGAAGGAAAAGUAGGUGUCUGUUCUUUAACAUCCAUCAAAUACAGUAUAUCUUUAUUGUCGAACAGAGGACAUAAUGUUGGCAGUAGGCAGUUAUAAUUAGAGGCAGUAGCACCUAGUUCUCUUGUAGAGUGGUUCUGUUUUUUAGGGUGUCCAGAAACUAUAUUCACUUAAUAAGCUUUAAAAAGCUAGGUGCAUUGUCUUUUCCAUUGGUGAGUAGGAACAUCUGCUACAACAAAAGGGUAAGAAACCUUUUGGUUAGUGCUUUAUAGCUCAAACAAAGGCAAUUGCAUCCAAAUCAAUCUUUCCUUAAACCACCUUACACAAAUAUAUAUUUGUUUGUUAGUACACUAAGAUAUGUUUGACUAAUCGACAUGACAUCAAACUGAAUCCUUUCCCUAAAGAGGCUAGGGGAUUUUUGUUUUGUUUUAUUUAUAGCCUUAGAAUUUGGAGCAGGAAGAAUACUGGUUUUGGGGGAAAUUCUGGAGUUUUCCUCCCAGCUGAAAUAUUGGCAAGAAAUACCAAAUAUUCCCUACAAGGUUAAAAUCAUUUUCAGACCAUUUUCAUUUUCCUUUGGGGUUGUCUGUUUUGAUUCAGCCUUGAAAUGUGUGUCUGUUUGACAUGGUCUUCCUUAUCUUUCAGAGACAGGUUAGUAUUGUCCUAUUUAGGAGUAGAUAAUGUUUCAAGGGUCUUUCAAAUCCUGCUCUGUAGUGUACAAAAGGUGAGCCCGAGCUGUGAAUAACUACAGCAGUAAUGUACUACAAUCUGCCAGAAGCUUGAUAAAAUUUGCUGUUAUGGUCCUUCUGGGGCUAACUGCAACCUGGGUGUUGCAUGUAUCGUGUCCCAUUUCAUCUUGUGCCAUCUGAGGCUUUUAAGGUGGGGAAUCCAGCAGCAGUUCAGAUAUUGUUGGACUGCGAAUCCCAGCAGCCUUAACCAGAUUGGCCAUUGGUAGGGACUACUGGGAACUGUAGUCCAGUAACAUCUGGAGGGCCUGCCUGUGCGUUUCCUUCUCCCACUUUAAGGCAAGAAAAACUAAUCAUUUGUAGAAUUUGAAGCCCUGUUGUGUAUCUGGGAGUUCAAAAUGUACUAUCUCUGUGAAGUAAAUGCUGAAAGUGACAAACACAGCUGUCUUUUAAAAUCUUUACUAGUUCUGCUGCUGAACCAUGCUUUAAACAGUUUGAUAGUCUAAAUCUAUAUAAUGCUGCCUGUCUGAUCUUGGAAACUAAGCAGGGUCAGCUCUGGUUAGUACUUGGAUGAGAGACCAUCAAUUAAUACUAGGUGCUGUAGGCUGUAUUUCAGAGGAAGAAACUGGCAAAGCCACCUCUAAGGAAACCCUGUGAAAUUCAUGGGGCCGUCAUAAGUCGACAGAUGACUUAAAAGCAUAAACCACACACAUAGAGACAUAUUGAGCCAGAGCAUUGACCCACUGUAGUCCAUUGUAUUGUCUUCUGUGACUGAUGAUGAGUCUCCAAGAUGUUAUGCCUCUGUCCAACUGCUAGUCAGGUUCUCAUCCUCCAAAAAAUGGUUUGUCAAAAAAGCUAUCAAGUAUCCUUCUACAGUUUAGUUAAAUCUUCAAGUAAUCUGAAAACAAGCCCAUUUGCAGUUUUGGCAAAAUCUGCUCUAAGGGCAGGGGGUACUUCUCUGUUAAUCUUGGUUGAUUUGGCUUCCCCUAGCCAUUAUGAAAAGAUACUCUGUGAAUAGGUUUUCUCCAUCAAUUUGUCUCUUUUUUUUAAGUUACAUACUGCUCUUGAUUUCCCAAAUAACCAUAGACAAGUAGCACCUCACAGGACUUUCUCCUUGUUUUGGUUGAAAUAUACAUUUGCAAGCAAUUGUGAGCGCUCUGGUUAUCAUAUUACCAAAUUACACAACGAUAGCAAAUGUGUGUGAGAGUGCAAAUGAAAUAAUGUAGGUUAUAGCAGCAUAACAGGGGAGGCUAAAUCAGUGUGGCAUUUUACACACCAGCAUUUACACACUGUUUAAUUCAAUCAGUUGAUGUUCUUAGUAAAUCUAAUUUGUAGCUGCUGAUAUUAAUUUUGGUAAACUAUGUUACUAUUUUACUCCUCCUAUUCCUCCCUCCCAGCCAGUUGUCUACUGUUACAAAUUUCACAGAUUUGCAUUUAAGCUUCAUGUUGUUAUUUCAUUGCUUGUGAAGUUGUACACAAGCAGAAAGACAAUUUCCUACAUAGGUUAAGCUUUUGUGUGAUAGCUAAAGGUGUAAAUAGAUGUAGAAAUGAAGAUCAAGAACAUACUUUCUGAGGCAUGGGGAAAAGUUGGGAGCAAGUGAUUUUUAAAAAAUUACAAAUUUUAUCAAAAUAAAGGUCUAUGUCAGUAAA